CUCCGGCUGUUCCGAGAGGUCCUCGCCGCCAACGCCGCCUACGCCUGCCUGCGCACGGAGCGGCGCCCUCGCCCCCUCGCGCUUCGCUCGCAGUCCCGGGGUUUUCUUAAAUGUUUUCUUGGCACUGUAAACAUGGAGAUGACAGAAAUGAAGAGCAUGUCACUGAAACGGGGGCCCCUGGCUGUGGAAGAUAAUGACAGUACAGCUGAGGAGGCGAAAAGGCAGAAGGUCCUAGAUUGCAGUGUGGCUGAAGCCAGUGACUCUGUUCCCAGCGCUGGCCAUAAGGGGAUAUGUGGAGAUGUAAGGUUGGGUGAGGCUAAGAAGAAUUGUGAGGCACAGCUGGAAGUGGAGGAUGAAGAGGAGGAGGAAGAUGGCCUUUCUGAGGAGGGGGAAGAGGAAGAGGAGGCUGAGAGCUUUGCAGACAUGAUGAAGCAUGGCCUCACCGAACUUGAUGUCGGCAUCACCAAGUUUGUAAGUCCUCAUCAGGGAUUCUCAGGCAUCUUGAAAGAAAGGUACUCAGACUUCAUUGUUCACGAAAUUGGAAAAGAUGGCCAGAUCAGUCAUUUGGAUGACUUGUCCAUCCCAGUAGAUGAGGAGGACCCCACAGAGGAUGUAGAUACAGUUUUGACAGCUGAAGAAAAGCAGCAUCUAGAAGAGCUCCAGCUUUUUAAAAAUAAGGAAACCAGUGUUGCUAUUGAGGUUGUUGAGGACACCAAACAGAAAAGAACUGUCAUCCAUCAAGCUAUCAAGUCUCUGUUCCCAGGGUUAGAGACAAAAACUGAGGACAGAGAGGGGAAGAAAUACAUCGUAGCCUACCACGCAGCUGGGAAGAAGGCAUUGGCAAAGGUCAGAACUGCAGCAGAUCCUAGAAAACAUUCUUGGCCAAAAUCUAGGGGGAGUUACUGCCACUUCGUACUGUACAAGGAAAAUAAAGACACCAUGGAUGCAAUUAAUGUACUGUCCAAAUACCUAAGAGUCAAACCAAAUAUAUUCUCCUAUAUGGGAACCAAAGAUAAAAGGGCCAUCACUGUUCAAGAGAUUGCUGUUCUCAGGUAAAAUAACACUGCACAAAGACUUGCCCACUUGAACAAGUGCUUGAUCGAACUUCAAACUGGAAUCUUCAGCUAUCAGAAAAACCCUCUAAAGUUGGGAGAGCUCCAAGGGAAUCAUUUCACUGUUUUGUUCUCUAGAAACAUAACAGGAACGACGAGCAAGUACACAAGCCAUGAUUUCUCUCAAGGAGAAUUGGAUUUAUUAAACUACUAUGGAAUGCAAAGAUUUGGAAAAACUAGCUGUCCCACCUAUGAAGUUGGAAGAGCUAUACUUCAAAAUUCCUGGGCUGAAGUCAUGGAUUUAAUACUGAAACCCCGUUCUGGAGCGGAAAAGGGGUACUUGGUUAAAUGCAGGGAAGAAUGGGCGAAAACCAGAGACCCAGCUGCAGCUCUCAGAAAACUACACGUCAAAAGGUGUGUGGAAGGGCAGCUGCUUCGAGGACUUUCAAUAUAUGGACUGAAGAAUAUAGUCUCUGCAUUUGGCAUAAUACCCAGAAAUAAUCGCUUGAUGUAUAUUCAUAGCUAUCAAAGCUAUGUCUGGAACAACAUGGUGAGCAAGAGAAUAGAAGAGUAUGGGCUGAAACCUGUUCCAGGGGAUCUUGUUCUUAAAGGAGCCACUGCCACCUACAUAGAGGAAGGAGAUCUUAAUGAUUACUCUAUUCAUGAUGUGGUGAUGCCUUUGCCAGGUUUCGAUAUUAUCUACCCAAAGCACAAAAUUAGUGACGCCUACAGGGAAAUGCUCACAGCAGACAAUCUGGAUAUUGUCAACAUGAGACACAAAAUUCGAGAUUACUCCUUGUCGGGGGCCUAUCGAAAGAUCAUUAUUCGUCCUCAGAAUGUCAGCUGGGAAGUUGUUGCAUAUGAUGACCCAAAAAUUCCACUUUUCAACACAGAUGUGGACAACCUAGAAGGGAAACCUCCUCCAGUUUUUGCAUCUGAAGGCAAGUACAGAGCGCUGAAGAUGGAUUUUUCUCUUCCUCCCUCCACCUACGCUACCAUGGCCAUCCGCGAAGUGCUAAAAAUGGACACCAGCAUCAAGAACCAGACUCAGCUGAACACAUCCUGGUUGCGCUAAAGCCCUUGGUGCACAGAUCAGAAGACACAGAGCAAGUUCCUGCUGGCUUCCCACUCUCUUCCUCCUAGUACCCACCCUCAUGUGGAUUUCGGACCUUUGUAGUAAAAGAAGAUUUGUAUUUUUUCAAGUUUUUAUUAGCUUAAGUAACCUGCAGUCUUUGUACACAUAAAAGUCUUGAAGAUCUUAAUUUUAGCUUGGAGAAUAUAAAUUGGUCAGAAUAUAUAUUCAGGUGCUUAAAUCAUAGUGAAAUAUUCGCUUUUACUGGCUUUUUAAUAAUAAUAGUAAUAAUAAAAAGGCCUUUUUGUGUAAUGUAGCAGUUUUAGGUGUUAACACUAUUCUUGAGAAUAGGAAUUUUAACACUUUCACCAAUUGAGCACACUAACAGUGUAUUUUAUGAGAAAAUGCGACAAAACAAAUCUUUUUGUUUGUGUAUAUGUGUGUGUGUGUGUUUUGGGGCCACACCUGGAGGUGCUCAGGGCUUCCUUUUGCCUCUACAUUUAGGAAUUGCCUCUGUUGGUACUUGGGGACCAUGUGGUAUGCCAGGGAUUGAAGUGCAAGGCAAAAGUCCUAUUUGCUGUCCUAUUACUCUGGCCUCUACAGUACAAAUCUUGCCUGGAUAAUUGCGAACACCCCCUUCUCUCAAUACAUUCUUGCUCACAUAAAUGAUGGAAAAGCCCUAACAGGUUUAUAAGUAAAAGUGAUUGUUACUGCCAGCUCAAAGUCCAGCUUGAUGGAACAUUUAUGGCUAUUCAGAUGCAAUAACGUUUGCAUUUAUAUUCACUUUGUCUUGCAGGAGAGUGGCAUCAAUAGGGCUUUUUUUUCUUCUUUAUGAAAAAAUAUGCAAUGUUUGUACUAGGUAAGGUUUGAUUUUUACUCUGUGCCUUUUAUGUUCAGAAAUCUUUUCACUAGACUGGUAUUUAACCCAAAAAAUAAAUAACUGGAAUAGAAAACUUUGAAGUAUCUCCAAGGGCUCCUCCAAUGCCAGUGAUGUCACCCUUUGUCCCCAGUGGUUUAGGGAGUUUCCACUUCUGUCCUGGCAUAAAACUUUGCUCCAGGUGACAGAGUGAAUAUGCCCUUCUUUGGCAUAUUCUAAAACAAAACAUCCAUGAUUGUGUGACAUGAUUGUACCAACUUUAAUUUUCUAUCAUUUCUAGAGCCAAAUGAAUGAAUAAAUAAAUAUUUUUAAAAACU